GCGUUUUCUAAUUCUAGCUAUUCAAGAUGGACGAGUACGAACGUGUUCUCUUAGUAAAACAAGAAGUUUUUAUUUAUAAAAUUCCUCCACGAACCUCAAAUCGAGGUUACAGAGCAGCUGAUUGGAAAUUGGAUUCCCCAGACUUUACUGGACGUCUUCGUAUUGUAACUAAAGGAUCAGAAUGCAUUUUGAAAAUUGAAGACAGAAAUAAUGGUGAACUGUUUGCCAAAUGUCUAGUUGAUAAAUACCCAGGUAUUGCAGUAGAGCCAGUGGUAGACUCCAGUCGCUACUUUGUGCUUCGGAUUCAGGAUGACUCUGGUCAUUCAGCCUUCAUUGGGAUUGGGUUUGCAGAUCGAGGUGAUUCAUUUGACUUGAAUGUGGCACUUCAAGAUCAUUUUAAGUCAAUGACCAAAGAAGAAGAAUUGGAGAAGGAGUGGGAAAAAGAAGGGAAGAAACACUUAGAUCUUAGAUUCAAAGAAGGAGAGACUAUCAAGAUCAAUAUGAAUAUUGCAAAAGUACCUGGCACAUCUCGACCAAAAGCCAAAACCCCAUCUAGUUCAGGAAAAACUCUAGGUUUACUUCCCCCUCCUCCAGGAGGUGUAAAGAUUUUAAGUCCAACAGAGUCUGUCUUUAGCACAGCAUCUCAUCCUACCCAGACCAAUAGCAAUAGUGCUAGCAAUUCCUCUCUGGCAGGCUUAGGUGAAACAACUCCUACAGCAAAUUCAGAACUUUCCACAGAACCACCCAUGGAACUCUGGGGGGAUUUUGCUAGUGCCCAAGGCACUACAAGUCAACCAGAUAACGGUAAUCAUGGCCAGAGAAGUUGGGUGCAGUUCUAGUGCUUUUCCCUUUUAUGUAUCCAUUUUUAUUGGAAAAAAAAUUCGUUUAUGACAUCGACCAGGAUAGAGAAAUAUACAACCAGAACUUGGUGAAGGAAAGUACCGUUGUGGGGAAUAUUUCCUAAGAAGUUAAUGUUUUGUUAUAUACAAGUUUGAUUUGAAAGGCAAUUGUUUUGUAUGUGUUUGAAAUUUUGAGGAAUAUUCAUUGUUUGUAACCUACCAACUUUUAGGAGACUACUGCUACUGUUUUUGAUUUCAGAGAUGACAGUGACUGUUUAUUGUGUGACUUAGUUUACCUCCAGAGCUUAGAACUAAGGUAAAGGUAUUUUGUAAAUGAAUCAAUGGACAGUCCUGUAUGUUUAUGAAAAUAAUCUGCACUGUAGACACACUGCUCUCAGAACCUGGGCUUUCUAUCACUUGUUACAGUGGGAACUGAAAUAGUCUUUCAAACUUCCAAAUUCUUGUACUUUGUGAACUAAAUACAUCUAUAACAUUGACUUUUUUGCUUAUUAUGAUCAAUACUGUAUCUUACAGAUUAUUAUUUUUAAAUAUUAUAACCCAUUAGUACAUGAAACCAUUUUCACUUGUGAACGUGCCUGAAAUAUUCUGUCAAGCUGUUGAUCUGUGUAUCUUCUAUUCUCCAUAAUAUGUACAUGCGAGAUUUAUUUCUAUUUAUAGCAUGUACAAUGCUCUUUGUGUUAUAUUAUGCUGAGGUGUUCUGUAUAUUUGUAAGCUGUUUGUAAACUAUACUGUGCAUUUAUAUGGUUCUCCAGAGAGCAAGGCUCUAAGAAUGUGUGAUAUUUGAACAUGCAUUAUAUAAAAGUAAAUAAGUAAUCUGUUCAGAUCACCUAUGUUGAAUAUUUCCGAGUCAAAAAUUUGAUGUAAAUGGUCUCUUAGUACUAAAAGUUAUUGCUACUAUAUAUAUAUAUUUUGUAUAUAACAGGAAAUUGUGCAUAUGUUUUAAAAACUGUCAUACUUCAUAAUUAAGAUAUGAGAAAUUGUGCCUUUAUUAGAAUAAAACAAAUAUGACAAAUAAUAAAGUUCAUGGUGGAUUAUAGCA